UGUACUUCUGAAACCUUCCCUCUCUCCAUUUUACAGUUGUUUCAGUUCUCGACAUCAAUGGAAUCAGCUACGCUUUCGCAGAUUGGACUGGCGGGCCUGGCAGUAAUGGGUCAGAACCUGGCCCUCAACAUAGCCGAGAAGGGCUUCCCCAUUUCAGUCUACAACCGGACAACCUCUAAGGUCGAUGAGACUGUGGAUCGAGCCCAACGGGAAGGUGGGCUCCCGCUUUUCGGCCAGUACAGCCCUAAAGAAUUCGUUUUGUCCAUCAAAAAGCCCAGGUCUAUAAUCAUCCUAGUCAAAGCCGGAACUCCGGUUGAUCAGACAAUUGCCGCUUUAUCGGCCCACAUGGAUCCUGGAGACACGAUUGUCGACGGAGGUAACGAGUGGUACGAGAAUACAGAGAGGCGUAUGUCGGAAGCCUCUACAAAAGGGCUUCUGUAUUUAGGAAUGGGUGUUUCGGGUGGUGAGGAUGGGGCCCGGAAUGGGCCCUCGUUGAUGCCUGGAGGAUCACAUACGGCUUAUUUGAAUAUACAUCAUAUUUUGGAUAAGGUAGCGGCGCAGGUGGAUGAUGGGCCUUGUGUCACUUAUAUAGGUGAAGGGGGGUCCGGGAAUUUUGUGAAAAUGGUGCAUAAUGGGAUUGAGUAUGGUGAUAUGCAGCUGAUUUCUGAGGCUUAUGAUGUUUUGAAGAACGUUGGUGGUUUUAGUAAUGAUGAAUUGGCAGAGAUUUUUACUGAGUGGAAUCGUGGGGAGUUGGAGAGUUUCUUGAUUGAGAUUACUUCAGAUAUUUUCCGGGUUGAGGAUGAACAGACUGGAAAUGGCCAUUUGGUAGAUAAGAUUUUGGAUAAAACUGGGAUGAAAGGCACUGGGAAAUGGACUGUUCAGCAGGCUGCUGAGCUGUCCAUUGCAGCACCCACUAUUGCGGCUUCGCUAGAUUCUAGAUACAUGAGUGGGUUGAAGGAAGAGAGGGAGGAGGCAUCGGAAAUUUUUAAGAAGGAAGGGUUGAAUGAGGACAUUAAC